AUGAGCGUCAUCAAAUCAAUUAAAGCCAGAGAAAUUUUAAAUUCACGUGGUAACCCAACUGUUGAAGUUGACCUUUACACCGAAAAAGAUGGUGUUGUUUCAUCAUUCAGAGCUGCAGUUCCAUCAGGUGCAUCAACUGGUAUUUAUGAAGCUGUUGAAUUAAGAGAUGGUGAUAAAUCAAGAUACUUAGGUAAAGGUGUACUCAAAGCAAUCAAAAACAUUCUCGAAGUCAUUCAACCAGCCGUCAUUGGUAAAUCAGUUUCCGAUCAAGCUGCUAUCGAUAAAUUAAUGAUCGAUCUCGAUGGUACCCCAAAUAAAGGUAAAUUAGGUGCCAACGCUAUCCUUGCAGUCAGUUUAGCUGUUUGCAGAGCUGGUGCUGCUGAUAGAAAUUUACCACUUUACAAAUAUAUCUCAGAAAUUGCAGGUACUAAAAUGAGAUUACCAGUUCCAGCAUUCAAUGUUAUCAAUGGUGGUUCACAUGCAGGUAAUAAAUUAGCUAUGCAAGAAUUUAUGAUUUUACCAGUUGGUGCUAAAGAUUUCAAUGAAGCCUAUCGUAUGGGUUCAGAAGUUUAUCAUAACUUAAAGAAUGUCAUCAGUGGUAGAUACGGUCAAGAUGCUAUCAAUGUUGGUGAUGAAGGUGGUUUCGCUCCACCAAUUCAAAGCAACAAAGAAGGUCUUGAACUCUUAAAACUUGCCAUUGAAAAAGCUGGUUACACAGGUUUAGUUAAAAUUGGUAUGGAUUGUGCUGCCUCUGAAUUCAAAGUUGAAAAUGGUUACGAUCUUGACUUCAAAACUAAAAACAAUGACGGUUCAGCUGUUAUCUCUGGUGAAAAAUUAGGUGAUCUCUACAGAGAAUUCAUUAAAGAAUAUCCAAUCAUUUCAAUUGAAGAUCCAUUUGAUCAAGAUGAUUGGGAAUCAUACACUAAAUUAACAGCAUCAGUUGAUAUUCAAAUUGUUGGUGAUGAUUUACUUGUUACCAACCCAGAAAGAAUUAAGACUGGUAUUGAAAAGAAAGCAUGUAAUGCUCUUUUAUUAAAAGUUAACCAAAUUGGUUCAGUCACUGAAUCAAUUCGUGCCGCUCUUGACUCAAAGAAUGCAUCAUGGGGUGUCAUGGUUAGCCAUCGUUCAGGUGAAACUGAAGAUACCUUCAUUGCUGAUUUAGUUGUUGGUUUAGGUACUGGUCAAAUUAAAACUGGUGCUCCAUGUAGAUCAGAAAGAUUAGCCAAAUACAAUCAACUUGUUAGAAUUAACGAAGAGUUAGGUGAAAACCAUAACUAUGCUGGUUUAACUUUCCGUAAAUUUUAA